AUGUCGGCACCUCCUCCCCCGCAGCCACCGCUGCCUACGGGAGCACGGUUGGGUUUGAUUCUCUUCUUCGCAUGUAUCGUGCUUCUUCUUCAAGCUUUGGACACAACAAUCGUAUCGACCGCAAUCCCGGCCAUCUCGAAAGAAUACGGAACAAGUAAGGAUGUUGGUUGGUAUGGUUCAGCGUAUUUCCUGGGAAUGUGUGCGUUCCAGAUCUUCUGGGGACGCCUGUUCACCUUCUACGACCUCAAGACAAUGUAUAUCGCGGCAAUCGUCAUAUUCGAGAUCGGAAGUGCCGUAUGUGGUGCUGCCCCAACGUCGACUGCCUUCAUCAUUGGACGAGCUGUGGCAGGUCUAGGGGCUGGUGGAAUCUUCUCGGGUAGUUUCCUUACCGUCGCCUUCAGUGUUCCUCUAGUGAAGCGGCCCAUGUACGCCAGUUACCUGGGGACAGUAUAUGGUGUUGCUAGCGUUCUAGGACCCCUUAUCGGUGGAGCUUUCACCACGAACGUAACAUGGCGAUGGAGUUUCUAUAUCAAUCUUCCUCUAGGAGGCGUCGCCAUUGCUGGCUUGAUACCCUUCUUCAAAUCACCACAGGCAGCAGCUCGGUUGGCAAGCCUUCCACAAAAAGAGAAGUUAAAGCGAAUGGAUCCAGUUGGAACAGUAUUAUUGAUCGGCUCCAUUAGCUCGGUACUCCUCGCACUACAACUUGGUGGCCAAACCUAUCCGUGGUCUGAUGCGCGCAUCAUUGCUUUGUUUGUUGUCUUUGCUGUCGUCCUGGGCCUUUGGGUUGGCUGGCAAUAUUACCUUGGUCCAAUAGCUACUAUCCCGAAGAGCGUCAUCGGACAGCGGAGCAUGGCAUUUGCGUCUUGGUACUCGUUCGCACAGGGCGGCGUGAACUUCGGGGUACUCUACUACGCGCCUGAAUGGUUCCAGGCUGUUAGAGGGAGUACCCCUCUUCAAAGCGGUCUAGAUAUUGUCACGUUCGUGGCAGGUCAGACAGUUGUACUCCUCAUCCUGGGUUACUAUCUUACGAAGGGUGGUUACUCUGCGCCAUUCAUGAUCGCAGCCGUCGCUGUGGUCGCCAUUGCCACCGGUUUACUCACGACGUGGACUCCUAAAUCAAGCGAUGCUAUGGUAUUUGGCUACUUGGCGUUAUAUGGCGUUGGCCAGGGGCUUGGUUGGCAACAGCCUACUCUUAUCGCCCAGACUAUGCUUCCUGCGCCCGACAUUCCAACCGGAACAGCCUUAGCGAACGUCUGCAAGCUUCUCGGUGGUACCAUUUCUGUGUCAGUCGGCCAAACUCUGUUCAACUCUAAGUUUAAACAGCUUGUCACCGAACGCAUCCCGUCAGUUGACCCGGAUAGCUUGGCUUCUAUCGGCGCUGCUGAACUGAGGGACCAACUACCACGCGAACUCAUUCCUGAGGUGGCCAGCGUAUAUAAUGACGCUUUGAAGGAUGUUUGGUGGUUAUUACUGGCAUUAACUCUUGCCAGUCUCAUUGGCGCACUUGGCGUUGAAUGGAGAAACGUGACAGACAAGGUGGCAAACCAAGGACCUCCGCCAGUCCCUAUGAAAUCCGUUUCGAAGGAAAACCUACUAUCUGCCAAGGCCUCAAUUGGGGAACUACGUACUCCAAUCGACGCUCAUUCUUCUCGAGCCAUAGUUAUGGAUGACUCGUACGAAGAUAUACAAUUACCGCCACUACGACCACAAUCGUGCUUCUCGCCGUGGAGGGAACACUGGGGUGCGCCCUAUAACUCGACGGCGCACAUGUACGACGUCAAACGCCUUGACCCAGUCAAAGAGUCUUAUACCUCGAGUGCUACCCAGACCGAUUAUUAUCACUCGACUGCUACUCAAACCGAAUAUUAUCAGUUUGUGUAG